AGGAAAUGAGAUAAGUUGUGCAGUCUAUUUUGUGCAAUCGUUUGAGAUGGAUGCAUGGAUUGAUAAAGUUGCAUUGGUAACUGGUGCCAGUGCUGGUAUAGGUCAAGAAAUUACACGACUUUUAAUUGAGGCUGAUGUUAAAGUUGUUGGAUUGGCACGUGGUAUUGAUAAAAUGCGUGAAUUUCAAAAAAUUUUAAACAACAACAAUAACAGCAACAAAAAAGAUCGUUUUUAUCCAAUUAAAUGUGAUUUAACAAAUGAAAAUGAUAUUUUGGAUGCAUUUAAAUGGAUUAAAAAUAAUUUACAAGGCGUUGAUAUUCUUAUCAAUAAUGCCGCUGUUCUUGUUAGUGGAAUGAUAAUAGAUGGUAAAACGGAAGAUUUCCGAAGAACAAUGGAAAUGAAUGUUAUUGCUCCGGCAAUAUGCAUCAGGGAGGCUGUGAGGUCCAUGAGAGAAAGAGGAGUGAAGGGUCAUAUCAUUAAUAUCAACAGUAUAUUUGGACACGAAGCAGUUCACGUCCCAUCUGUCUAUUCGAAUCUUUACGCUCCUAGUAAAUUUGCUCUGACAGCAAUGAGCCAACAGGUGCAGGCUGAAUUAAAAGAUAUAGAAAGUGGGAUUAGACUUACAAAUUUAAGCCCAGGCUUGACGAGAACUGAUAUGACAACAAAAUUGUGUUCAAUGUUUCCCUAUGUUGAAGCAAAAGACAUUGCCCAAGGUGUUAUUUAUGCUUUAUCAGUUCCCUCUCAAGUUUUGGUGAGACAAUUGUCAAUUACUCAUCAAGCUGAGUAAAAAGUAUAUUAUUUUAAUAAAGAAAGAAAAUAUAUUUUCUUUAAUUAAAUAUUAAUUUUUCAAAAAAAUUGUAUUGAUUUUUAAUCAAUAAAAAACGUGUAAUCUCAA